AGCGGCAGCAGAUGGAGCUGAGCACGCAGCUCUGCCGCGCCAUCCUGAAGUGAGUGGAGCCGGCGUCUGCUGGUAGACUUGCACAGCUGACGGCCUCCUGCAGGAUCGACGACGUGAUUGAGCAGCACAAUGUCGAGUAGGGGGUCUGGCAGGGGACGCAAAAAUGACUGGGCGGCGAAGCGCAAUAGAGAGCCCUUUGCACUUUGCGCCUGCGUUUGGGGAGCGGCGGGCCGCUAAGCAGCAUCGUAUCGCCAUGACUGGUGUGCGAAGCAGUGUGAGCGCACGAGGCGCUCAGGCAUCUGAUCGUGGCCGCAAGCCACGAGGAGCAGCCCGGGAGGCGAGUCACAGAAGAGUCGUGACGGCCACCGAGCGGCCGUGCAGCGCUGCGCUCCAAGCCACCGGCCCUCGGACCGGCCGGUCCGGCGGCUUUGCGGGGGCUGCCGCAACGCCGCCAGCGCCGACGCAGACCGCAUGUCUUCUCGUUGCCGUCCUCCUCAGCGUCGGAGAGCAGUCCAUGGCGGAGUUCGACAGCUCGCGGGCGUGCGCACGUCGGAGCGUGCAUGCAUGCUGCAUGCGCGCCUUCGCCUCCAUCCCGGGCCGCCACGAGCCCCCAGACUUGGAAGUUUGCAGGGCCAGGCGGCUUUAUGCGGGCGCUCACUCUUGCCAGAAGGCAUGGAACGUGGACCAUAUCUGCAGCUAGAGCCACGGAGGGCGCCGGGUUUGCGAUCAU